CCGGGUUCUGUAGUUUAUAGAUUGAGUCAGUAAGUUGUGUCAGUAAGGGGGGUAGGGUCUAAGUGGUGAGGUGUGGAACUACUGGUUCGUUGUGAGCCUAACACCAUGGUUGAGACCCGUGGAGGGACGAACACUACCCCUAACACCCAGGCUCAGGAGGAGCGAGCCGCCACCAUUAUGCAAGAGAGAAGGGAGAAGAAGGAGAAGAAGGAGCUCCUCAAGCAGGCGAAGUUGAAGGCAAUCGCAAAGGAGCAGGCGACAAAGAAAAAUAAGUUGGAGGAGGAGAUGAUGAGAUUACAGCAGGAGGAGGAAGAGAAAAAGAGGGUUGCCGAAGAAGAAGCAGCAGAGGAGGAGGAAGAGUUAGAAGAAGAAGGACCCCUCGAGAGGAGGCGCAGGAGAGAGAGAGGAGAGAGCAGUGGCACAAAGGGAGAAGACGCGUGGGUGGAAAAGAAGAUCAGCGAAUGGGUUGCUAAUUUAUCGUUGGGAAAGGACGAAGAGGCAAUGUUAUAUGUGCCUCAGGAGGAGAAAGAAGCCGUAGCCAGGGAGAUGGAAGCUAUGGAGGAUCCCCUGGACCGCCAGAAGCUAGAAAAUGAAAAGAGAUUGGAGUGGAAAUUACGUUUGGCAAGAGAGAAGAAGAGGAGGAGGGAGGAGGGCAACCGGAUGGCCAAGGAAGUGGAAACGAUACAGUUGUGUAGGCAAGAGGUGCAAGCGCAACAGGAUACCCAGGCCAAAUUAGACAAGAUUCCGAGUUAUCUAGAGACUUUGGGUCAGGCCUGGAUUGAACAACACCACACCAAUAAGGGCCAAGAGGUGGCCCUCCAUUCCAUCCGGACCGGAUUUCGAGAGUUUGCGCGCGACGUGCUGACCCACGUCAGGACCGAAGUUAGGUGGCUGAAAGAAGGCGCAGACAAGUUCUGUGCAGGCGCCAUUGAAGGCGCCAAAGUAGUGGCCACGACAAAGAGUGAGGCGCGUUCCCUCAAAGAGCCUGUCAAGCUGAAGUUCCCAGAUGCGUAUGGCGGGAAAUCCGAAGGAAAUUUCGAUAAUUGGAGGCUAGUGUCAAUAGUUACGACCCUCCAGGAGCACCAGGGUCAUUUGACACAAGUCUUGGGGAAGCUAAGAGAAUCUAACUUCAAGAUCAACGUGAAGAAGUGCGAGUGGGCGAAGACAAAAGUUUUGUACUUGGGCCACGCUUUAGACAGAGACGAGAUUAAACCUGAGGACAGUAAGAUAGCGACGAUUAGAGAUUGGCUGACGCCCCACUCACUGACAGAAUUGCGGUCGUUCCUAGGCCUAGCUAACUAUUAUAGGAAGUUCGUGAGGAACUUCUCUACUAUCGCCGCUCCCCUUCGCAGGUUGCUAAGGAAAGAAGCAAUUUGGACGUGGGACAAAGACUGUACGUCCGCGCUUAAGAAAUUAAAGCGCGCGUUGAUAGAGUAUCUUUUCCUCAAGGUGGCAGAUCCGUCCUUGCCAGUUGUCGUCACCACGGACGCGAAUCAGUAUGGUAUAGGCGCCGUAUUGCAGCAGGACGACGACAAUGGCUACAGACCCGUAGAGUUCAUGUCAGCUAGGAUGCCCUCAACGAAGGUAGCUACCUCGACUUAUGAGAGAGAACUCUACGCUCUCAGGCAGGCCUUAGAGCACUGGAAGCAUUACCUGCUUGGGAGGCACUUCAAAGUAGAUUCCGACCACGAGAUUCUUAGGUGGCUGAAGACGCAGGCCAAAAUGACACCUAAGUUGACUAGGUGGGCUGUUGAGAUAGACCAAUAUGACUUUGAGCUCAAGCCUGUCAAAGGCAAGUACAAUGUAGUUGCAGAUGCUCUAAGUAGGAGAUUAGACUACUUUGGAGCUAUAGUUCACUAUCUGGAUGUAGGGAGUGACCUGCAAAAGAAAGUAAGGCAGACAUACGCGGAGGACCUUAUCUAUAGUGACCUUCUCAAGAGAGUUAAGGAGGCCCCAGAGACCGAACCAGAUUACUGCACUACAGAGGAACUAUUAUUCGAGAAGACCAAUGUAGUGGACCAUCUAUGCGUUCCCAACAGUGAGGAGAUCCGUAGCCUGAUCCUAGGGGAAUGCCAUGAUACAGAGGGACAUUUCGGUUGGCAAAAGACUUUGGCCAACCUGAUGCAGGCGUAUACUUGGCCAGGAAUGAAGAACGACUGCAUAGAGUACGUCCGCAGUUGCAAAGCAAUAGACCUCUUCAAGAAGAAAUUCCUCGAUAAGUCCGGAAAUCAUUGGGAUGAUCGGCAUAACUUCGUGUCGAAGCGCGGCAAGUACACUCUUAUUGAGAUAGAUUACGCAGAGGAGGAAGAAGACAACGCCAGCAAAGAAAAGGAGAAAAGCUCAGCGAAGGACAAGUCGAUUGUGCAGGGGAAAGGCUCAGCAAAGGACAAGGCUGCUAAAGGCAAAGAAAACGAGAUAGCGUCAAAGUUGGCGCCGCGGCUGUUGGAUUUCGUCCAAUUGAUUUGUGACAUCAAGAUGAUGCAAGACCAGAUGAUGGAGAUAGGUUAUGACACAAGGAAGAUGCCAUUGGGGAAGCUCAGUAAAACCACAGUUCUCAAGGGUUAUUCGGUGCUGAAAAGAAUUGCAGCAGUGCUUGAUGGAGAGUCCACUGAGUCAUUGGAUGCCCUUAGCAGGUAACUGUUGUUCUUUGUUUUCAAUUCAUCAGGGCGAUUUUGCAACCCCCCCCCCCUCCCCUCUUCUAUAUAUAUAUAUUGUCACAUAACUACAAUAAAAGCAAAAAACGGGC